UAUUUAAGUUUUUUCUGGCCAAUAUGGCAAUACUGUCAAUAGCAAUGCUUUAAUUUUAAGCAAUGUUUCAGCCAGCAUGGCCGGGAGGUGAAUGAAACACAAGUACCUGUACUUGUUCCCGAAGAAGUACGUCGCAAGACAUUGAUAAAAAGAAGAAACAUGAACACAGACAUCUCUGAGCUGUUCAGCUCAGAAAGGCUGACAGGGGGCAGUCUCGCUGGGGUUCUGCUUCUGGUCUACAUGCCCCUGGGGUUGAUCCUGACAGUACUACGUAUCUUCCUGGGUUUCCAUGUCUUCAUUGUAUCCUGUCUGCUUCCAAGAGCCUCGCUGAUAAGGAGGGUCAUUCUGCGAGUGAUGUGCCUACUUCUGGGCCUUGUCGUCUCCCACGAAGGUCUCGAGCAGAGGGACAAGGCAGCCAAGGUCAUCGUGGCCAAUCACGUCUCGGUGUUUGAUCACGUGACGAUAGGACUGGUCGUUCCAUCCAUUGUUCCCAACGUGUGGAGCUUACCAGCCUUCAUGACCUGGGCACUGGGCUACACAGAGAUGGGAGCCAGGGAGGGCCGACGGACACUCCUGCUGAACCUCAAGGCUCACUGUGCCCGCAACACCCUACCGAUCACCUCACUACCGGAAGGCGCCAUGACCAAUGGAAAGACCGGUCUGCUGAAAUUUAGUACUUGGCCGUUCGAUCUUGGCGAGGCGGUCCAGCCUGUCGUCCUGAAGGUCCGGCGACCCCUCCUCGGUGUCAACGUGGAGACCAUCGGCAGCAGCCUGUGGAAGGACAUCUUCUGGUUCUUGUUUGUCCCCUUCACGCACUUCCACGUCAGGCUACUGCCCUCACAACGACAAGAGGAAUCGGAGACUGUUGAGAAUUACUCCAGACGCGUCCAGGGCAUAAUGGCCCAGGAGCUCGACACCAAGGUCACCCCGUUCACGAGUGCGGACAAGGCAGAGUACAUCAAGCGGUCCUUCAUCUACCAACCUGAAGCCUCGACACCUCAAGUGGCCGCUCAACAGACCACCCCAUCCCCGGUCCCCGCCACCCCCCAACCCCAGGCAGCUCUGCCCACCCCCACCGAGCCGCGAACCCCAGCGGGCGGGGCUACAGCCCACAGUGACGACAACGAGAGACAGCUGAGGCAGAUGGUGCAACAGGUGAAGGAAGUCCUGCCAUACGUCUCAGAGGCAGCUGUCAGGAGAGACUUGGAGAAAACAAAUUGCAUCGACACCACCAUUACAAAUAUCCUGGAAGGAAAGAUCCCCUCAGAGCUGCCCGAAGCCCCAGAUAGGACGGAGCAGGAGGGUGUGGGAGGAGCAUCCGCCUCUCCACCCUCGACCCCAUCACCUAGUUCGCUGAAGUUUGCUGCUGCCUCCUUUGGGAAAUCCUCCAAUGCCCGCCAGCUCUCUUACAAGGAAAGAAAAGAGGCCCUUUUUCAAAAGGCCCGAAGGCACUACAUGGAGAAGCAUGGGAUUACUUUGGACUGACAAGGCCACUGACUGUGCCGAAACUAACAGUCGCAUAACAAUUACAAGACAUUUUUUACUCCUUCUGACGAUGCACUGACAUCCUCAACACUAGUGCUUGAAAAGAGGCCAUAGUUUGCUGGGUGCUUUUGUCAUUUCUCAGUUUUUUGGUCCAUUUUCACAGUAACUCCUCCUGAGGAGCAGCAGUUUUGUUGGAAAACCAUAAAUUGACCGAGGAAACGAAAAGAGAGUUUGAGCUGAAAAUAAAAAAUCAGUCAUUUGCUUCAGUAUUUACGCAACAUUACGCAGGACGGCGAAGGUACUUGCUUCGAAUACAAAAACAAUUGGCCUCUGUAAUCAGUGGUGUAUGCUAUGGAGUUGAUUUGGACUUGACGUGAAAAUGUGGGCAGGGCUUAAGAGAGCCGUAGGUGGGAGGAAAAGAAAUGUAGAGUGAAAGGAAGGAAGGGGCGUGUUCAUGUCUAUUCAAGAACAGGAAGUUGAAAUACAUGUGAGGGGAAACAUUAAACUAAUAUAUGAGUAGCAUCUCAGUUUACUGAUUUGAGCCAUCAUCGCAUUCAUUUGCUUCCUUUCUUUGUACGCACCCCUGGUGUCGUCAUUGGUCAAGGCGUGCAUGGCACAUCAUGUGGUAAUAAAUUAUCUCCGACAAGGCCGGGAGAUCGUACAUUUAUUACAUUUGCCAAAUGAAACUAAAUGGUCGAAAGCAACAGAUAUCCAAGCACGUAUUUCUUGCCUUUGACUUGCCCCAACAUUCAACUGCUCUUCUGAAUGAUCAGUGGUUUCAACUUCCCUUCGCAACCUUCGAUUUAAGCUGUGUUUUCACUUUGUAUUGUGGGAAAACUUCCCGAAGUGUACACUUGCCGGAUGAGUCGGUUACUCGGGCCAGGCCUGGGUGAACGCGAGAUGUCAGGCGAGUGUGCAAUUGAAUGCAGUAGGGCUGAAACGAGAAAGCGCGAGGAAGCAAUGGAAAAAUUGAAUUAAAACGCACAUCAAGCAUAUUGAGCAAGAAAACUCACGGACUACUCCAAGAUGCAGUACUGUGAUGGUUACACACGCGUCGCACACAUAUUUCGACUUCAGGUGUGCUUGUAUUUUGGCAAGUCAAAACAGCCCAUUGGUCGAAGAGGCAUUAGAUAUACACGCGCGACCUACACCAACACCAACGGCCUUCUAAUCGCUGGAUUAGUUUCCUCAUUCACAGUACGACCAGAUUAUUUUCAAGCUGUAAAGGCACGGGGAAAAAACAAGCGAGUAAAUCGUACCUGUAGAUACGCAGCCCCCCAAGAAAAAAAAGCAGCUCACAAAAAACGUACAUUCUGUAAUAAUCAACAUGGAGUGGAGCUCCUCGCCAUAGCCUUCAGUUCCAUUUACGUAAAUUGAAAUGGAAUUUAACAAUUUGCCUCCAUGAAAAGGUAACACUGAACAAAAUGGUUUACACAGAUUUCUUUGAUGUUAUUAAAUAAAACAGUGGAGUACAAAAUGUGAUUUUGUACCAAACUAA